AUGUGGUACAACGCUUCAGAACUAAAAGAACUUAUAGAUGAUAUCUUAACAAAGUUUUGGCCCUAUAAUUUGGUAGGGGAAGAUUUAAGUAAACGAUUAAAAACGUUUUAUUUUAUUAUUAUGGUUGUAAUGCUGUCUCUUUUAAGUGCUGGAUUAUUGUUUGGUAUAGUAUUUUUAGUGGUUCCACUAUUUGCCGAAAAAAGACAACUCCCAUUUCCGGCCAAGUAUUCAUUCGACUGGAGUCCCUCUCCUAUUUACGAACUCGUAUAUAUUUCACAUACAAUAGGAUUUCUGGUGGUAAUGGUUUCUUGCAUUCUCGGAGUUGAUUGCAUGUUCUUCAGUAUUGGCGCAAGUGCUGUCACUCAAUAUCGGAUAUUGCAGAGGGCUUUCGCUUAUUACAAUGCACCUGAGAUGAGGGAGGUUGGACAAAAACUGGAAGAACUCGAUAGGGAAGGCUAUGCUGGUAUUUAUGACGAAAAACGCAAAUAUUUUGCGAGAUGUUUACACCAUCAUUUGCUACUUUUAAAGAUUAUAAAAAACAUAAAUAACGUAUUUAGUUUAAUUGUCCUUGUUCAGCUUCUAUGUAGUGUUUCUGGGUUAUGUCUGGGAACCUAUAUGAUGACAAGGGAAGGAUUUACUGCCGACAAAAUCAUUUUGGCUACUGUAUUAGCCUUAGGUUAUUUAGAACAACUCAUGAUUUACUGUAUUAUCGGCAACGAACUUAACUACCAAGCAAGCUUGCUGCCAGAAUACAUCUAUCAAUCCAAUUGGAGAGAACUAGAGAACAGUUCCUUGCGAAAAGAUGUAAUAUUUCUCAUACAACAUUCUCAAAAAGUUCCACAACUAAGUGCUUAUGGUCUUUAUAAUAUUAAUAUGAAUUCAUUUGCUAAGGUGGUUAAGCUGGCAUUUUCAUUUUAUACCCUACUGUCGAAUAUUUCAAACUAA